AUGGUGGUGCAAACACGGCAGGACCGCCGGGAGGAGCUGGGGUUCGAGGCGGUUGUCGCCAACCUGUGCAGAGCCGUGGCCAAUGCCGGUGCCUGCCAGCCGGUGAGCGCGCGCCAUGCCGCCGUCCUGGUCCCGCUGUUCGAGGACCCGGCCACGCGGCGCACGCACGUGGUGCUGACGCAGCGCGCAGCGGGGCUGAGGUCCCACGGCGGCGAGGUCUGCUUCCCGGGGGGGAAGCGGGAGGAGGGCGACGCCGACGACGUGGCCACCGCCGUGCGGGAGGCGCAGGAGGAGCUGGGGCUGGACCCCAACUCGGUCCGCGUGCUGGGUUGCCUGGGCCCCGUCCUUUCCAAGCACCUGCUGUCUGUGACCCCGGUGCUGGCCACCAUCCCCGCACGCCACGCCUUCCACCCCAACCCGGACGAGGUGCAGGCGGUAUUUGCCCCCCCCUUGCACACCUUCCUGGAGGCCUCCGAUCUCCACUCCAGCCGGGAAGCCACCUUUGCCCCGGGGAUGCCGUACAGGCUGCACUUCUUCGACUACCAGGCAGCCGACAGGGAGUGGUACAGCGUCUGGGGCCUGACAGCAGCCAUGCUCAUCGACAUCGCCUCCAAGGGGUUUGGCAGGGAUCCAGACUUUGAGGCGCUGCCCCCCGGGUAUGUCCCCAUGCACGCCGGCAUGUUUGAUGACCAGACCCAGACCGGGUAG